CUUUUUCCGGAAUUGUGUCAGCUAGCUACAGAUAGCUAACGGAGAGCUAAUGCAAAGCGGCUCGGUUGCUCUCGUUGACAACAAGCGUUAAUAUCACGUCCACAGAAAGGAUUUACUGAAUUUAAAACACCCAACAGAUCAAAACACAACACUCCUAUAAAGUGGGGAACACGUCUUGCUUGUCAGAGGGUGCUGCUCCUCUGACUCCGCCGUAUGACCGCAGGACCCGCAGCCAGAUGACCGGCGGACCUCACAGUCUCAACAUGAAUCCUGUCAGCUACCAUAGCAUGUUGUCGUCUGUGAACGGUGGACACCCUAAUUUGGUCUUGGAUCGUGUGUUGAGCACCUCCAACGUGAAGUGCUGUCAGAAGUGUGGAUUUGCUUCCACGGACGCUGCAGAGUUGAAGAGGCACAUGCUGGAGCACAGAGGGACGAGGUUCUACUGCUUCUACUGCAACAAGGUGUCGUUCAGCGAGGCGGAGUUAAACGCUCACCUGAAGCAGCACAGUUCAAAGUACCCAUUUAAAUGUCCUCACUGUGGACAGGGCUACAUGCGGAGGCUGUGCCUUGUGAAGCACAUUGAUCGUUUGCAUAGUAAAAGCAUCAGUCAAGGACCUGCUAAGCCCGGCACACACGCUCCUGUCUCCAGUGCCUUAUCAAGUGUGCCCACCGCUGAUCCGGCAUCACUCCGACCGGCCGUCCGGGUGACGGUACCCAUCGCGAGUGCACCUGCAGUCAGGCAGGGUAGAGAUGAACUGAGAGGGAAAACACUGGACACGAACGUAUCGAAUGCCACGAAUGGCAGCGCCGUUCUUUUGACCCCUUUGAAUGGACUCAUUCAGCACCACAGGGCUCUGACGGUUUCUCUUCCAGAGGAAGUGACGAUCCCCGCCGGCUGCUUGGUCGAGCUUGUUGAGGUGAAAACCGUCAACGGGACGAAGGAGCUGAAGCUGAGGCUCGUCUCUCAACAAGAAAACGAGUCUGUGAUAAAAGAGACGAGGACCACGGUCUCUCAAAACACUGCGCUGGGAAAGCCAUUCUUAUCCUCAUUACACCACCCGAACGCCGUGAAGUCCAUGAGCAUGGGGAUGUGCACGGUCAACAGGAAGCAGUGUGAAGCAAAGACUGUCAAUGUGGAGCGCCCCGCCAUUUCUAGAAACCUCCCAAAUCACGUCAACAAAGAAAAAGCUGGAUUUAAAAGAGCGUCACAAGAAAUAAUCAACUUGGAAAGUCACACAGUCGUUCCAAACAAGGUUCCCAAAAGCAUCCUCAAUCCUGUAAGAGAAGGAAAUGGUGGGAUCAGAGUGACGCAGAGCGAACUGGUGAGCCACAGUGCAGCUCUGUCCUCCGUUAUCUGCAACAGGCUCGGCCAAAGGUUGACCGGCGCCCUGCAUCCAGAGAACAUGGGAGCGUGUGUUCCUCAGAGAGCCGUGGACGAGAGAAAGCAUUUAAUGCCUGAGCAUUCCAAGAGUAUCCCACCCAGGAGGGCAAGUGACAUAACAAUCCCUCCGCGAGAUGUUUCGGUGGCUGUAAAGCUGGAACCAGGCGAGAUAUGCCUCAAGAACAACUCCUCUUCAAAAAUAAAGACAGAGGCAGAGUGCUCGAACCAGCAGAAUUCCUCUUCUCCCUGCUUGAGUGUCCUCUUGGCUGCGUCUGCCCAAGUGAGACCUCCAGCGAUUCUACUUUGUAAGGAUAAAGUUUCAAGUCCGUCUUUUUCAAUCCCCAGAAGCCUAAAUGAGUCCUCAUCAGUCAGAACGCCGGCACUCUCCAACCGCAAAGGUCCGAAGAUAUCGGCCUGGAAGCAGGAAGUGAGAUCCGGCGAGAGGGCCGGAGAACGAGACGCGCUAGAGCCCGAGGGUUUCCCCGUCAUCUCCUCUGUGUUUUCACUAAGCCAACAACCAGGCGAUGUCCAAGGCUCCAUGCAACCGCUGGUGAUGGCGCUGCGGGGCAUCGUGAUGGAUAAAAGUAACCGUACUGGUUGCACAACUCAAGAUCACGUCAUGGUGACAAACAUCACAGAGCGGGCGACGGAGGCGCUGACGUCCUGUGUUCAGGUGGACACUAAAGACGGGUCCAUCAUCCACAAGCUUUUAUUGACGGAGCGGACCAGCGACACUAUCAAAAUAGAGGAUAAAUGUGUUCAGCACCCUUCUGCACUGACCCACAACUACAUCAACGAGGAAACAAAACGCACCGCGACAAUAGACAGUAAGAAACGCAGUCACACCCCUGUUUCAAAAUCUCCUACAGAUGAGGAAUCUGUUUCCAAAAUCGCCGCACAUGUGUCUGCGGAGCCCCCGCAGCAAAUGGCAAAAAAUGAGCACGACAUCUCAAAGUUCCUGACUGUCUCGCUGAAACGUGUACAAGUAGGCCUGUGGAAAACAAACAAGAAGGGGCUGAAGCUCACAAUAUCCAAAUACAAGACUCAGGUACCGAUGGGCGGUCUAGCCGGCUGCACCGUCAUUUACCCGAUGCCGCUGAAGGUGGACCAGCUGGUGAAGCGGCCGAGCCCCUACCAGCCCGUGGUGGUGCUCAAUCAUCCGAAGCCCCGGGCCUCCUCCGUGCAGGGCGCGAGGCCAGACACUGUCGCGGACAACACGGGAGAGUCCGAGGUGGCUCCCAAGUGCCAAAUCUUAAAAAUGAGGCUGAGCAAAGUGAUGGGGCAGAAGUACGAGGUGAUGGGGUGCACUGUCGGCGUCUUUCCAUGAAUUGUAUCCCACGAUGUGUCCCCAUACAGAAGUGUACGAUUAUGAGAAAAUAACUAGUAUUACAACGAUGAGAUGUUGACUGAAAGAUAGACAAAGUAUGAGGGCGCGUAACAUUUAAAAACAAUGGACAUCUGAUUAUCAAUGUGUUACACGUAUGUUGUUUGUAUAGGCAUGGAUUGUGCAAUGCAGCU